AUGUCAAACGCUGAAGAAAUCACCACCGCUGAAGCACCAUUCGAUGACCAUGACUGUGAUUACGUCCUACAAUCAACCAACGGCGUAAAAUUUCAUGUUUACAAGCUUAUUCUUUCACUCAUGUCACCCAUAUUGAAAGACAAGUUCACGUCACCACAGAGCGAAUCGCAGUCGGAUAAAUCAUCUGUACCCAUUAUGCCUCUCAGAUCCCUACUUCUCCUUUGCUACCCUGCCGCAACCCCAACGUUUGACAGUCUGGAUAAUGCAAAGGCUGUCCUGGAAGCAGCCAAGCAGUAUGAUAUGCAAGCAGUCCUCAGCCGUGCAGGAGACCUCAUCAUCGCUCAAUUCCUGCCAGAUCACAUUCUCGACCUAUACGCUCUUUCUUGUCGGUUCGGAUGGCAGCAUCAUGCUCAGACCGCUGCUACCCGCGCCCUCGAGAUCAAGGAUCUAGGACGACCUAGCAAUGGGUUUCAUGGUUUGCAGGAUAUCACUGGCGCAGAUUACCACAGGCUCCUCGUAUACCAUUAUCGAUGCGGCGUCAUCGCUCAAACAGUCGGAGACAGUCUUUCCUGGCUACCUCCGUCAUCCACAAAAAUGCAAUUGCAAAUGUGGAAAUGCAAAUGCAGACUCGUGGACAGUGCUAAGAAGCUCGAGAUUGGAAACAUCGCCGAGUUGAAAAUCGUCCCGUGGUUUGCAGAUUACUUGGUUUCGAGUGGGAAGGAGUUGUUGGCGAGGCCUUGCGAGUCGACCAUAAUGGAGUCGGAAUAUUACAAUCACGCUGUGAUCGAAGCGACAAAGUGCGAUGAUUGCCGAAGCGAGGUCAUCAAAGAUAUGGACAGAUUCCGUGCUUUGUAUAUCGCACAAGUUAAAAAGGUGGUUGCAACUGUGAGCUUUCCUUGCCGACUGGUUCAUAGCCGACUCAAAGCUCACCUCGCUUCUGUAGGUGGAAUUGGCAACCCAUUGCAACACUGUCCUCAAGCACCAUUCGAUGAUCAUAAUUGUGACAUUAUCCUUCGUUCGGCCGAUGGUGUCGAUUUCCAUGUCUAUAAGCUCAUCCUUUCACUCAUGUCACCCGUAUUCAAAGACAUGUUCGCGCUACCGCAGCCUGAGAGUGAAUCGCAGUCAGAUGUUUCGUCCAUACCUGUCAUCACUGUGAUUGAGGGUAGCACGACCCUCAAAUCCCUUCUUCUACUCUGCUAUCCCAGUGCCGCCACCCCAACCUUCCGCAGCUUGGAUGAUGCAAGGGUUGUGAUGAAAGCAGCUAGCAAGUAUGACAUGCAAGCGGCCCUUAGCCGUGCAGGAGAUCUCGCCAUGGCCCAGUUUUUCCCAAAUCACUUUCUUGAGUUAUACGCUCUUUCUUGUCAAUUCGGAUGGCAGCAUCAUGCUCAAACUGCUGCUACCCGCGCCCUCGAGAUCAAGGAUCUAGGACGACCCAGCAAUGGGUUCCAUGGUUUGCAGGACAUCAGUGGUGCAGAUUACCACAGGCUCCUCGCGUACCAUUAUCAAUGCGGCAUCAUCGCUCAAAACGUCGGGAGCUCUCUUUCCUGGCUAGAGUCUUCAUCAUAUGUGGCAACACGGAAUCAUGCAUGUCACCAUUCUGUGAGGCUCUCACCAAACUUGUAUGUUGCCUCCUGGUUCCAUGAAUAUCUGGUUUUGAGUGGGAAGGAGUUGUUGGCAAGACCUUGCGAGUCAACCUUAUUUGAACUGUCACAUUACAGUCGCGCUAUUAUCAAUGCGACUGAGUGCACCGAAUGCCAAAGAACUGUCGAGAGUAUGAGCAAAUUUCACACCUCAUAUAUCGCACAAGUUAAGAAGGUGGUCGCGACUGUGAGUCAAGCUCUUCCUGCUAGUACUGCUUGA